GCUAGCGGCGAAAUUUGAAAUGCAACGCGCUCAUUGUAGUUGUGUCUGCGGAAGGAUGUGGACGAAGGUACGACAAGGUAGUCGUUAAAAACGAAAAAGAAGAUUUAGGCGUUAAACACCACCGACAGUUUUUUUUCUCCAGUAAGGAAACGGGCCUCCAGAUAUAGACCAUCAUGCAGCCUGCUGUGCACAGCCUCCAGAGUUUAUAUGAUCAGUUGAGGACGCAAGUUGACCUUCUCAACGAGAAUAUUGAACCCAACUUCAUCCAACUGGCACACAACUUUGAUGACUGUCGUCGCAAAUGGCUGAGGGCAGAGCAAGACCUGGGCUCUUGCAAAGAGGUGCUUACCAAAGCAGAGACGGAGAGGGGAGCUUUGGAGGUCAAACUGAAACAUGCUCGCAACCAAGUGGAUGUCGAGAUCAGGCGCAGACAGAAGGCUGAGGCUGACUGUGAGAAGUUGGACCGUCAAAUUCAGUUGAUCCGGGACCUCCUGACAAGUGAGGGAUCCUCCAACAGCAUCAAGCUGAGUGCAGAGCAGCGCUCAGCUCUUGCCUUCCUGAACACAAACUGCCAGGCAGCAGUCAGCCUGAACACCAGCCGAAGACUGACUAGGAUAGAUGAGUCCGCCUCCAUCUUGUCAGAUAUCAGCUACGACAAAACUGACGACUCCCUUGACUGGGACUCUUCCAAUGUGAGGACAGUGCGACUCAAGAAAAGAGAGAAACGGCGCUCCUCGAGAAAUCAUGUAGAUGGUCCCCCAGUUGCCUCCAAACGCUCUCGAUCAACAGGCAGAAUUUUAGAGCGGGGAAAUGAGACUCUGGUGACAAAGACCACCGUGACUGUCCCUGCAAAUGGAGGACCUGUUGAGGCCAUUUCUACCAUUGAGAGUGUUCCUUAUUGGACUCGCAGCAGGAGAAAGACUGCUGCCAUGGAGUGGGAAUCUGAAUCGGUCAAGUCUGAGGAUCUCUUUAAGCAGCCUGGCAAACCAGAGGGAGAGAGAAAAGUGGCGCCCAGCACUCCGCAGAGCCACGGCGGUGUCCGUCUUCAUGAGUUUGUCUCCAAAACUGUCAUUAAACCGGAAUCGUGCGUACCUUGUGGCAAAAGGAUCAAGUUUGGCAAGAUUUCACUGAAGUGCCGCGACUGCAGGGUGGUCUCUCACCCCGAGUGUCGCGAGCGCUGCCCUCUUCCAUGCAUCCCCAACUUGGGCGCCACACCAAUCAAAAUUGGCGAGGGUGUGCUGGCAGACUACGUGUCUAACACAUCACCCAUGAUUCCACUUCUCGUAGUCCACUGUGUUAGUGAGAUCGAGCAGAGGGGCCUGCAUGAGGCUGGUCUCUACCGCCUGUCCGGUGCGGAUCGCACAGUGAAGGACCUAAAGGAGAAGUUUCUACGCAGCAAAACCGUUCCCGUGCUCAGCAAGGUGGACGACAUCAAUGCCGUCACUGGCCUCCUCAAGGACUUCCUGAGGAACCUCAAGGAGCCUCUUCUCACCUUCCGCCUCAACCGCACUUUUAUGGAGGCAGCCGAGGUUUCAGACGAUGACAACAGCAUAGCUCUGAUGUACCAAACCAUCAGUGAUCUGCCACAGCCCAACAGGGACACGCUGGCUUUCUUAGUCCUUCACCUUCAACGAGUUGCUGUCAGUUUGGACACAAAGAUGAACAUCAGUAACUUGGCUCGAGUGUUUGGACCAACUAUUGUGGGUCAUGCAGUUCCCAACCCUGAUCCGAUGACAAUCCUACAGGAUACCAAACGACAACCCGGGGUUGUGGAGCGUCUGUUGGCUCUGCCGGCGGAUUACUGGGGCCAGUUUUUGAUGGCAGAAAGCUAUGCGCCUAACUUGGAUCACCUAAUUAUCGAGAAUUCAAACUGCUAUGCCACCCCCGAGAGAAUGAGCAUGCUGGGACCUCUGACUACUCCAGAGCACCAGCUCAAUAAAACUCCCUCCUCCAGCUCCUUGUCUCAGCGCAUGAAGUCCUCUCUGACACCAAGAUUUGGGAGCAAGAGCAAAUCAGCAGUCGGAGUUUCUCGUCAAGGAAAAUUCUUUGCUUCUCCACUCCUGAAAUAAUCCAAAGCAGCGACAAACCUUUUCUUGAUACAAUAACAACCAAUACAUUUACAUUUAUGCAGAACAUGUAUUAUGGUACCGCUUUCAAAAUUGCUAUAAACACCGCCAGUCUCCUAUAAUCAUUUUUAGUGUUUUCAAUAGAGUUUUAUUUUGGUGAUUUUAUGUGUUUGUAAAAGGAUAACUUUUUUUUCCUAUCUAUGCACACUUGUGUGUUUUUAGAGUUAAAUGUUUAACAAGACAUUCUACUUUCACCUCUUCACACAUGGGAAUGUACUGUUAAAUACUAUUUUUGAGAAAUAUGUUUGUAGGUGAAAAUAUGUACUGUAUAUGCACAGUUUUAUUGUGACCUGGUUCUAAAUUCAGUGAUUUCUUUAGACAGUUUUUCAGCUCAUGUGUCACUCAGAAGUUGAAUAACUAAUUCUCAAGCAUUUCAUUCCAGGUUGUAAUUGAAUGUGUGACUGCUAGUAACAUUUUUUUAACAUGUUUGUAAUCCAUUUUGUUUUGUCUUCAUCCUCCAGAGAAUUGUAAAUGUUUACAAGCUUGCUCGCCCUUUCCUUUUCAUCUGACAAGUUAUAAGACGUUAGUAUGGAUCUUCUGCAAGCUUGACUGAGUGUGAGGAUUUUGUUAAUUGGCAUUAAUCUCUUGAAGAGGGACAUUUUAAUAUAUUCCCCUGCAGGAGUUGUGUUUCGCACUGCCAGUGAUCAUCAAGAUUAUUUACUGGUUUAUGUCACAGGCUAUAAUCUCUACUUUUGCUUCUCUGUUUAUCGCUCUGUGUAAUAUCUGUACUCUGGGUGGAUGCCUAUGAGCAAUCCCAUGCAAAAGGCAAUUAUUUUGCAUUAUUUGAUUAACUAUUGGCACAAAUGUUGUACAUGCUCUAAAAUUCAUGGAACUUUUAAAAUACAUUUCUUACCUU